AUGGUCGUCACAACCCGCAAGCGGACUGCGGCUGUGUUUCAGCCAAACACAGCGUCUGCUUCGUCAACCAAACGAGCGACCUCAUCUACCAAAUCCAAACCUCAAGGUUGCGCUGAACGAUCGAGCAAGUCCAGAGCAAACGCAAAGAUGCCAUCUCCCGUCCACUCUCAAGAUGAUCGAGGAUCUCCGACGGAGACCGAGGCGGAGCUUUCGGCGCAGGCCCCCACUAUCCCGCUAUUUGAUUUUGAUAUUCCCUUAGAGCUCGACUCUCCUUACGGCUCACGCAUAUCCGCUUUCAAUCCGGCACCAUAUGAGAGCCUCAAACACAAGCUCAGCCAAUGGUUCCCCGAGCUCUCGAUGAGAGAUGACAACCAUGCUGACCAUCUCUCCUCAAGCCCUCGAGCCACAACCAAGGACAAUCAGUCGAAGCGCAAGCCAAAGUCCAAGAGGCCAGACUACAUUUAUCUCGAGGUCGACUUUGUACCCCAACUUGUGUCUGAUUGGCACCUUAACCUUCCCCGUACAUCGCGCGGUUGGUCUGGAAGCGUCACUGCAAAGCUGCACCAGGCCCUUGCAGUCGUUGCGUCCGCUCCUCCAGGCUACAGUCCUAGCGACAUUCCACCAGCAACCAAAUCCACUUCCCAAGUCUUGGAAGCAGCACAUUACGAGGAUGACAACAUGUCGGACAACGAACAAGAUGAUCCAGAUACGCUUCUGCUCGGAUACCUCAUCCCUUCGGCCUUCAAGGAUGCAGCGAGCCACCCUCUAACCCACCUGGACCCGGUCCUGAUAUCCAAGGAAUGGAUUCAACUGUACGGCGAGGUCACUCUGGCUCCGCCCUUUCUGCCUCCAAUGUCUGAGGUCUUUGGUCCAGAUGCUUUCGAGACAUCCUCCAAGCGUGUUUCCGCACAGACAUCCAAGUCGUCCUCUGCCGCCAACCAACCCCUGGCUCGCGUCAUUUCCAGAUCGUCAGAUGUGCCGUCGACUCGCUUACUCGGAACCUUGAGCGUCCAAGUCGGCCUAGAACCAGCCGCUCUCCAAUACGGCGCAGGCAAAGACAAAGUUGAUGGCUUUGUUGCUUCAAGUGACGACCUCAAGAACACAGCCGCACAGGGCUCGCUCGGCCUAGCUCGCGCGCUCCGCCAAGCCAUUCCGUCCAUCGUCGACUGGGACUUUAGCUUUGUCGAGCUGGACACUGACGCACAUACCUAUUGGGAUCGCAAUGAGUCCUUCUACGAUUUGCCGCCCAAGCAGUCGACACUCUCUCGUCAUCUCGUGCUCGAUAAUGUGGAGCCUCUCGACUUUCCCAACACGUCCUCCACCUCGAAUACUUUGAGCAAGAAGCGCAAGAAGUCCUCCCACAUGUCUUUUACAUCAGGUCGCUUUAGACCAUAUCCUCCCACGCUUGAAUCCGCCGAAGACCAAGACGUUCCAUCCAGCUAUGUAUGCUCUUGUCUCAGUUGCCAGAUCAUGACCGAAAGAAACCCGGUCGUAGCAGCGCCUCGUCUCAAGCAGGAAGCUCUGCCACCCGGAGAGCAGAUUUCGGGCACCGAUACAAGGCUUGGCGACAUCACUAGCAGAAAGUUUUUACCCCUCGACACCAACGUCACUAGUCUCCUAGAGGCUUGCCGUCCCCCUUCGGACGGACCCAAGGUCUAUCCACCGUCUGACGUCAUUCCCACCCCAUUGAUGGGCUAUCAAGCUCGAUGUCUGGCAUGGCUGAUCAAGAGAGAGACUGUGGUCGACGAGGACAUCGAUCAACUCAUGCCCAAUUGGCUCCCCUUGCGGUGCAAGGAUGCGCGACACAUCAUGAGGAGGCGUCUGCAGCUCGAGGCUGAGCGAGAAGCGCUCAUGUAUGUGAUACAGCGCAGCCAGUCACGAGCGCGACGCACUUCCAAAGUGAAAGCAGCAGGUCUUGCUGCUCUCGACGCUGCCAAUGAUGCCGAGACUAGAAUCACUUUAACAAGCAAUUCCUCGACAAGCGCCACUGUGAAGACACUCGGUCCCUUGAAAAGAGAGCCAUUCAUCGACCCCGUCGAUCAGACUUUCUACUUUGACCAGAUCUCGGGCUUGCUGAGUCUUCGUCGCUUCUGCUGCCGUCCGAGCGAGCCUGGAGGUGCGCUCUGCGAGGCGAUGGGCCUUGGAAAGACGCUCGAGAGUCUCUCACUCAUCGCAGCGCGUCCUCGUCCCGACAAUUCGAAUCUUUUGGAGUACGAUACCUCACGCAGCGCACGGAUGAUUUCAGAGAUGGAACCAUCGGCGCGUCCGUUUGUAUCACGAGCCACGCUGGUGGUAUGUCCUGCUGCAUUGGUAGAGCAGUGGAUGGACGAAAUCCGCAAGCAUUUCCGCAGUCGCAGCACCGUCGGUACGGACUCACUGGACGGCCAUCUCAGCCAACAAGCAGGUGUCAUCCGAUACAGACACACUGACUUUGCCUGGGAUGUGCGCUCGCGACGUGCCGACGUUCGAGCACUUGCAGAAAGGAAGCUUACCCAGCCGGACAUUGUUGUUGCGACGUACGAAGAGCUGGCCUUCCAGCUCACCGAGAGCCAUAAAGUACCCCACAACAGCAACCAAGUUCGUACGCCGCUGCUGGAAGUCCUCUUCUGGCGCAUACUUUUGGACGAGGCACAGAUCGUUGCUGGCGCGUCCGGCAAAGCAACCAGCAUGGUCCACGAGCUUUGGCGUAGCAAUUGCUGGAUGGUCACAGGAACACCCGUAACCAAGGGCAUCCGCGAUAUUCAGGGCAUCUUUGCGUUUAUGGAUCACGACCCCUUAGCAGCGCCGCGCUUCUUCCGCGAAAUUCUUCAGCAGCCUUUCAGUCAAGGCUCCAUCGAAGGCAUCCGCCGCCUACGCGCCAUCCUGCCGCGUUUCGUCUGGAGGCACACACAAGUCCACGUCGAAGACGAGAUUACACUGCCUCCCUGCAAGAACGAGGUGCUUGAGCUCAAUCUCAAGCAUGUCGAACGGAUCUUUUACGACAAGGAAGUGAGCAAGUUCUGUGACAGCUUCACAAAGCAAGCCGCCAGAGGCGUUGUCAAUGUCGCUCAGCCGACGUUUCUCAUUCAUCUCCGCCAACUGCUCAGCCAUCCUCAAGUUGCAGAUGAGUAUUUGUACUUCCACAACUACUCACGGCUGUCGUUUGCUGAGUUGUUUCAGCGCUUCUUCCAACAGGCCGAGUCCGAGCUCGCCACGCUCCGCAUGCAACUUGUCACCACCACGCUGCAGCUCGUAUGGAGCCACGACUUUUACACCGCAGAGAAGGACAAGAAACGCUGGCGCGGUGGUCCGUCCCCGCUCAAAGAUUCAGAGGAUGUUUGUCGAGAGCUGGACGCAGCGUUGCGGGUAGUCACUGCCGCGCUAGAUGAGCAAGCUCGCCGAAGUCUUGGUUCGUCUGCAGAGAACGAGCAAGAAGCCGAGAUGCCCAACGCUGAAGCGCAGGCCGCGUUAUCCAACAAUUCGUCGGCGGUCGAUGGCACCGAUGCCACUGGCGGUCUCGAGGUUAGUGUGACCGACGAUUCAACAGCUGGUGCUGAAGCAUCGAGCUCGAUGUCGGCAGUGACCACUGAUAGCGUUGGCGAGGCCGCUGUGGUAGGAUCCGAUUCGACACUGAGGAUAAACCUCUCGUGGGAGGAGGCAAAUUAUUGGUUGCGCACGCUUCUGCAGAAGCAUGCCGCACCUGCCACCAACGGUCAAAACGCAGAAACGGUCAUCGAACCGCCGGCACGCUGGGAUCCAGAACGACCCAGCCGCACCUGCUUCGACAAGGAGUUCAAGAAUGCAGACGAUCCCUCGGUCAAUCUCACAGAUCCUCGUUAUCACCUCGUCGUCCAGGACGCCGGCGCCGAAGAUAUGGGCCAAGAUGAAUACCUGGCGCUAAUCACGGCACAACAAAAUGCGCAAACGUACAAAGAUCGCGCUGAGCCUCGCAAGAAAGUCAAGAUGGAUGCUCUCGAACCUGGCUUGCUCAAAAAGUCGCGUCUUCGCGGCAAAGCCACGCAACGGCAAAUCACACGAGUGUGGUCUUACAAGCCCAAGGAGCGUCUCGAGACGACAAGGGCGAGGCUUCACAGUCUACAGUCAGAUCUGCCGGGCAAGGCGCAUGAGGUUGCUUUCUUGCGGCAGCAACUGCUUGAGGGUCUUGGCGGCGAGACACAGUCUGGUCCCGGACAAGCCGGCGACUCUGUGGCCACUGCUUCCGCCGAGCAGCCUUCUGGACCCGAAUGUCCGAUCUGCUUCGAAUCCAAAAUACAGAUUGCGGUGCUGCCGUGCUACCACUCCUUUUGCGCCGACUGCAUCGACAAGAUCUGCGAGCGCAAUCCUCGAUCGGCAAGCCAUUUGCGGGCCAGCUACGAUCCGCUACGCUGCCCGAAAUGUCGACUCAAAUUUCUCCCCAACCAGGUCACGCGAAUCAUGGAGCCAGAAAAAUUUGUCUCGAUGGACGGCUCAGGGACGGUGGUUGGCGAUUGGAGCGGCAAAAUCUCAGGUCUCAUUGUGGAUCUCAAGGAACGAUUAGCUCAAGACCCUACCCACAAGGCUGUCGUUUUUUCGCACUGGCCCAAGAUGCUGACCUUUGCGCGCGAGGCUCUCGUGCAGAACGGCGUCUCAGCGGUGGUCUUUGGCGGCAAUGAAACAAAGCAAGCGGAAGCUUUGAGGGCGAUGCGCGACGACGAUCACGUCCAUGUAAUACUCGUACCAUUCCGAGCCAGUGCAGGUGCAGCCGGUCUCUCGCUAACGUCGUGCGAUCUGGCAUAUCUCCUAGAACCGGCCUUGGACACAGCUCUCGAGGCUCAAGCAGUGGCACGCAUUCAUCGCAUCGGUCAGCGGCGUGAGACCACAAUCAUUCGCGUCAAGAUGAAAGAUACGAUCGAAGACGCCGUCAUGCGCAUCGCGGACGAGCGCUCGCGCCGAGGAAUGGCGUUCGCUGCACAAACAAAUUCCGGCGGUGAUGCAGUCUCUGCGGCAGUUGCUGCGUCUGCAGACCCCCAGGCGGUUCUUAACGGAGCUGGUUCCUCAACAGCUGCACAGGAAGCAACACUGACGAGCAGUCUGAAUGCGAGUACCUCAGGCCAGGAGGACCUAGUCGCACAAACUCGCGUCCAGGCCGAAGAACAGAAAACUUUGCAAGCUGGGCUUCUAACCUCGAAUGUACGAGAACGUUCAAUCAAGGCAUCAUUGGCAGCUUCAGUUGGAGUCGGACGCGAGUCGGACAACAUUAGCCUGACGAUGGCUGAAGUUGGUCUUAUCCUUGGCUUUGACGCGGAAGAAGUCAAGCGAAAAGCAAAAGAGCGCAGAGAAUCUGUGCUGAGGAGGGCAGAAUUUUAUGGACUGUAUGACUACAGCAGCAACGCUCGCCAGCUUGAGUUGGAUAAUCUCGAAUUGGAAGUGAGGAUGGAGGAGGGACGACGGGCCAUGGAAAGUUGGUCCAGCGAGGACGCGGAAGAGGUAAGAUGGGCGCUGGAGGAUGAAGAAGAGAACGAGCGAACUUGGGCCAUGGAUCGGCAAGAAGAAUAA